AUGGGACUCGGGGGCGUGGUUUACGCGGUGGGCGUGGUUUGUGGGGGGGCAUGUCCCCGCGGUUUGGGGGCGUGUCCGUGGUUGACCCCGCCCCCCGCUGUCAGGUGGGGGCGGGGCCUGGGCCUGGUGGAGCCGCUGCUGGGGAAGGAGAGUCCCCUCAACGUCCCCAACGGAGCCAUCGGCCUCCUCUUCUACCUCCUGCAGGGGCGGCUGUUCCCGGGCCGGGGUCCCGCGGCCGUGCUGCUGGGGACGUCGUUGGCCUCGGGGGCGGCCUCGCUGUGGCUGGGGGGGGUCCUGGCCUUCGGCCUCCGCGACCUCUGCCUGGUCUGCAUCACCACCUACGGCCUCAACGGCCUCCUCCUCCUCCUCAACCUGCGCCGGUGGAGGCGCCUCCCCCGACCCAAAACACAAUGAAACGCACCCAAAAACACACGUCCGGA